AUGCGCCAGCCUCCGACUUCCGGACAAAAUCGUGGUGGUUCUGAAGGAAACAAUUUAGACAACAUAUUCACGCGAGGUGAUUUGGAUUACCGUAAUCUGGUGUUAGACUCAAACUCGGCCUCGUUGUACGUUGGUGCUCGUGGACGAAUUUUCCGAUUAUGGGCCUACAACAUCAACGACACUUCAGAGAAUCUGUUCGCCGAUCUCCGUAUUACUGUACCGCCAGCAGAGCUGUCAGAAUGUCGAGCGCUAGGAAACUCGGCCGAAGAAUGUCAGCCGUCGACGAGGUUCAUGGCACUGACAGAUAAUAAAGAGCGACUAUACGUUUGCUCUGCUGUAGCUAUGCGUCCAGAAAUCCGGGUACUCGACGCCGUCACACUACGCGAUCGUCAGGAACCACGAACGGAGAUCGGCAUCUGUGCUCCAGACCCAACAGUCAACGCAACGGCUGUCGUAGUAGAAUGGGGAAAUCCUAGCGAGUUGCCGUCAGUAUAUUCGGGUAUUCGUACUGGUAUGGCAGGCGAAAAUCAUUUGAUCUACAGACCCGCUCUCGUCGACAAGGGAAAAGAGGUGCAUUCCAGUCUGAGGAGUGUCUACACGGAUAAUCGAUGGUUGUACGGUAGGUAA